AUGACCGAGCUUCCAACGACGCCGAUCGGCAACAAGCAAUCGUUGAUUGAUCUGCGUGCCGGAACGAUACUCCGCGAGCACUCGAGGAAGGACAACUUGUAUUUCGGAUGUCCCAUCGGUGUGCUCUUGGUUCUUAUUAUUCUGCUGAAAUGCACAUUUAUAUCGAUAUGGAUUAUACGAGAAUACGAUACAUUCGAUUUCCGAUGCACUUCAUGGGAUGGAGAAACCCAAAUUUUUCGCAGUAAACGAUGGUCGCCAUUUGGAGGAAACUCGGAUCCGAGAAGCUUUUCGACGACAGAUUUGUCUGAAGAAGGCAAACAUGAUGUUAUUCUGAACGACAUUAAGCACAAAAAUCCGAUGUAUGGAGGAUCAGCGAGAAAUCGACAUUCGGUUGAGAAAGAGCGACCGAAAAUUGAUCCGAAUAUCGAUUUCGGACCGCUUCCUCCAACGUUUCGUCGAAAACCGGAGAUUGAGCACGAAGAAAAUGGCGAUGAUGAUGAUGAUGACUUGCCGCUUUCUACAAUGGUGACACUCACGAACACUCAGCUCAUCCCUUUAAAGGGACAAGAUCAAGGGAUCGUCAAAAUGAAAACAAUAAGGAAUCGAGUUGAGAAGAUCGGCUCGAAUGAGGAGCAAUUCGUCGAAAUUGACAUUGCGAAUGCGCCGAGAAUCUACGUGAGCAAGAUCAAAUCGAGACAUGGCGGCGAGCAAGAGGAACAGGCGCUGACUACCGAUUUUUCGCUUAUCAAUGAGCUGGAAAAUGAGAAAAAGGAAAAAGAGAAGAAAAAGAAGCUGAAAGGCAAAGGGCUUAAAAAGAAGAAAAAUAAGGAAAAAAAGCGGAAACAUAAAAACGAGAAAACGAAUGGGAAUGCAUUGAACCAACCUACAACGGAAAAUACGAAAUCUCCAAGGCAUCUUGUCAGUGGUGGAAGCACAACGCGAACGACUAAACGACCGCAUCAGUCGAGUUGGAUCAACGGAGUCAUUGAUCCGGACGAUCCCAAAUUUUCGAAUCAAGGCGAAAUUCGCGGCUACACAAUGCAAACCGCUUCGCGCAUUCCGACAACCACCCCAUCGAGUUUUGCUUAUGAAGCGACUGAGGCUAUCAAGGUGUCGGAGAACACGAGAAUGAUGUGGGAAAUGGAUGAGAUCAAGUACACCACGUUUCUGGCGCCGAAGACCACCGAAGUCACGAUGUUCGAAAAUCGGGCGCCGGAGAACAACGAGAUACCGCCGCCGCCGUCGCCGUCGGUGAUUGAAGCACCGAUAGUAGAUGAGAAAAUAUCUGAUGGGCACACGGAAGUGGUGACAAAUGCGCCGAGCACGACUCACAAGCCGGCACAACAAAUUCGAGACGGCAAACCGCCAUUGAGGAAAUUGAUGUUCGAGAAAAAACCAGCUGCGCCGAAAAAGAUUGUCGAGAAUACGACGAAGGUCCCAAUAUUUGUCGGAAACACUUUUGUCGCCCCAACCGAAAGUCCAUACUACGUUGAAGUGAAUGAUGCUGACACCGAGACGAUUUACAUCAAGGAUAUUACGCCAAUCUAUCGGAAUUUGUUGCUCAAUGGUCCUGAGACGACAACGAAACCGUAUGAUCCGAAGCAUUUUGAAAUUGAGCUAACGCGUCUGAAAUCGUCCACAUUGUGUCUGGCGCGAAUGGCGUUCAAUGUUUGGUGUCUUUUUGUGCUAUUUUCUGCCGUCCCGUUUGUGAUGGGAAUGUGCGUGCCUCGUUGGAGUCUCUUCGUCCUCCACAUCGUCUUCGACUUUUUAUUUCUUGUCGUUGGAUUUGUUAGCAGCAUGACAAUUGCGGUGAUGUCGGUUAUCGUCUACUUUUCCAUCGAUGAAAUGACGUCGGAUUCACUAUUCGAGUUUCUCCUUGUCUCUUUUGUGAUAGAUAUUUUCUUAAUAAUUUACUCACUUAUUGUGCUCGUCGCUUAUCGAUGUUGCAGUCGGCUCGUCGACAAUUGUAUCAAAGACUCGAAUGCGAACUAUAGUUUGGUUGGCGAUGGUGCAAUCGCCGAGCAAGUCUAA